AUGGCGGACCCAUUGCAAGACGUGGUCACAUUUUGGAUAACCUUGGGUUUCUGGUGUAGGUGCGUUUGCGACCAUUGGCCGGAGUUGCCGCAGAGACAGGCUACGCUUGGUCGAUUGAACGUCGGCCAGAUGGACAGCAAUUGGUGUGUCACCAAGGGAGGCCCGAGUCAAAGGGAUCAUUUACCUUUGAUCAUUGUUUUGACGAUCGGACCAGCAACCGAGAACUCUUCGAUGCGACCGCCAAAAAGUUGGUGCAAUCUGCGGUGGAUGGAUCGAAUGCAUCGAUCUUGGCCUAUGGCCAAACAAGUUCGGGCAAGACGCAUUCCAUACUUGGAACUCCCUACGAGCCGGGCAUCUUGCCGCUGGCAGUCGAGGAGAUCUUUGGUUUUCAAGAAGAUGGUGUGGGGCCUUAGUGCUGAAGGCCUGCGAGCUGUCGGGAAGCAAGCAUCGGUCUCCUACUACGAGAUUUUCAACGAGAAGGUCACGGACCUGCUGGCCACGAAUCCUGUAUCUACCUCCCUUCCGGUCAAGGAAAGUGCUGGGCAGGGCUUCUUCGUCCAGGGCCUGAGGGAAGCACCGGUCUAUAGUAAUGAGGACGUGCUGUGUUUAGUGGCCCGCGGUGAAGAACGGAGGAGAUAUGCCAGAACCAGAUGGAACGACUACAGCAGUCGUUCCCAUGUGAUCUUUACCUUGUCCUUCGCAGCUCGUGGGGCCAUUGAGGUCUCAGCGCGGAGCAAGCUGGACAUUGUGGAUCUGGCAGGCUGCGAAAAUCACAAGCAUGAAGCAUCUGAGGAUGGUCGUCACAUCAACCGAAGCCUUUUCUUCCUGGGCGAGGUGAUCUCCAAAUUGUGCAAGGAUGGACAUCGGCUGAGUUGUUCUCCCACUCGCCGGGCGCCUUCGCUGCUGAGAAAGGAGCUGGCUUCACCUUCGCCACGCUCCGGGCGGGAGUUGAGUCGAUCUGGUGCAACUUGGUCGGCAGCACUCAGAACCGCUGAACACUCGAGGCCGCGCAGCCCUUCAGCAAGGGGCGACUUCAUCCCCUACCGAGAUUCGAAACUGACCCGGGUGCUACGCUCCUCCCUGGGUGGUGACGCUCGAACCCUUCUGCUGGUGACAGUCCAUCCAGCCGCUUCCUUUGCUGAGCAGUCCCUGACGUCCUUGCGAUUUGCGACCAAAGCACGUUCGGUUGACAACUACAUUCCUGGAGCAGCUUCCGAGGUCGGAGAGAUAUCGGUUGCAACCAGUGAUGCGCAACGGACGAUCGAGGUUCUCCAGGAAAAGUUGCGUCGGCUCGAAGAGAGAGGCGUUGCACCAGGCGUUGCGGACACAUAUCGCCGCAAGGAUCGAAGGGGACCCGAUGCAGACCUCUUGCAAAAGGAGCUGGAACAUAUGCGCGUGGAACUCCGCGAAAAGGAGCGGGAACUGGCCAACCAGGCACGUUUGCUGUCAGAGAGAGAUCGGCAGUUGGGAGGAUCAACAGGAUAUUUCUACAUCAGGAAAGCGCCAAAAUCAGUGGUUUUUGGGGACUUCCAGGGCCUUCCCAGGACCCAUUCCGAUGCCAGCGCAAAAGUUCCGGUCUGGAGUGACACAGGUUUUCGCGACCUGGGUAGCAGCAUCCGCUUCUUGCAGAACGUCUCCGAUCCGAAGCAGAUCAAGGAUCAAGUGCCGGCCUCGAAGUCAGACGCCGUCUCCACGCAGUCCUCCUCCACCGUGGCCACUGAAGAGGAUCACAGCAUCAAAGGCGGACGCCUCAUGGGCUCCGCGGUGAAGUCUCUUCUGAAGCACUUUGAUUCUGCUGCUCUGGGGGUGAAAUUUGUCCUAGGGGAAACCCGUGUGGAUGCCUGUUACGGCAGGAUCUCCAUAGACGGAUUGACCAUCGAAAACCCCGAGGGCUUUAGCUCCGAGUAUUUGCUGAAAGCGUCCAAGCUGAUGAUCGACUUAGACAUGCAGAAAUUGAUCACCAGCUGGGGCAAAACACUGGAAGUCGAAAAGGUGGUGCUCCAGGACGUGGAUGUCAUCUACGAGAGAUCCUGGUCCACCUCGAAUGUGGAUACGGUGAACCACAAGCUCACGACCAGCAAGGUGGGGUCGAGGACUCCCAAGAAUCAACCAGAGAAGGUGGUGGUGCAUAAGGUGUUGCUGUCCAACAUCGGCGCCAAAGCGUGCACGACCUUGGGCUCCAUGGGCCCGCGACUAGCGGUGGGCGACAUUAAAUACGAAGACUUCAAUGCAGAGAUGGGUGCUCAAACUGUGGUGGACGGCAUCUCCCUGGUGUUGGAGACUUUGCUGAAGAGCAUUGUGGCUUCCCUCCUUGGCAAGGAGAGUUGUAAGUCCGCUUGGGGUGCGUUGGAACAUGGGAAGAGUCGCGUUCGCUUGGCUGUGUCACAGCUGUGUCAGCAAAUCUCCGAUCUCGGCGAUUGCUCGAGCUGCCGUUCCUGCCAGCGAGGGGAGGAGGUCAUCGAGCGCGAUGGCUCCGGUGACUCCGGUCACUUGGCUGUUUGA